CGUCCAGUUGCAAAUCCGGGUACAACAAGCACUCCCGCUCUCCAAAGAAACCGGAAGAUCCCUCAUCCAGCGGCAUUUUGAAAUUCCCCCACCGCAGAAAAUAUUCUCUGCGAGGAAGAGGAAGAGGAGGAGGGGAGGCAAAACGCUUCAAGGGAGCCGCUUGCACCCUAAGCCCCGAUCGCGGGAGAGAAGGAGGGAGGGAAGGAAGCAAGGCGGGCUCGAACAACUUCCUACUCGGCUGCCAGCAUCAAACGCUGAAAACCAACCCUUUAACUGCCGCCAACGUGGAGCUGAAUUUCUGUCCUCUGGAAACGGCAGCGUGGAGGAAGCGAUGAAUGGUCAGAAAGGGGCGGUGGCUGACUCUUUGCCCUCCCCAGGCGGUUGCCGUGCCGGGGUUUCUGCCUGUUAGUUCGCGUCUCGUCCCUGACUUCUUCCCAGCGGCCGCGGGGGUGGAAAAGAAAAGGCUGCGGAGGGCUCCUCGGAGAAGGGAGCGAGGCGUGAGCAGCGCGGUUCCUCCGCUUCCCUCCUCCGGGGCUGUCUUUCUUUCUUUCUUUCUUUCUUUUUGGCGGGCGGGUUAGGAGACUUUCUGCCAUGACUACAUAGAGCGGCGCUGAGUGAGCGCGCAUUCCCGAGCUGCCGCCGCCGCCACCGCCACCAGGCACCAUGAGGGGACAGGCGCAGGUUUUUUUCCUGGUUCUGCUGUGCCUCGGCAAGGUAAAACUCACUGCUGCAUGUGAUUCCGAAUGCAGUUCCUUAAACAACCUAACAGUAACAGACAGAACAAUAUGGAUCCAGUUAAAUAACAACUUUACAAUAACAAAUGUAACUUUUCAAAAUAAAUCAAAGGUGGAUCUUUCCGAGAAUAAUUCACUAUCUAACCUUUAUCCUGGUAUUCAGUAUAUUGUUCAUUUCAAUAAUCCUAAUGAAAGUUGCUGCAAAUAUAUUUUUACAAAGCCAAGUCCCGUUCAUAGUAUUCAUGCUGAAAAUAUCACCAACACAACAUUGAACUUAAGUUGGAAAAAUGAUGAUAAAAAUGCAUCCAGUUACACUUACCAAAUAGUUGUUGAUGGACCUGGUGAUUUUGUUAUUAAAAGUUCUAAUAAAUGGAGUGAGCUAAUCAGUAACUUGCAACCUGGAACGUCAUACAGAUUUAAAAUUUACCCAGAAGUAGAUGGUGGUAAGACUAAAGGAAACCCAAAUGAAACAGUUGUUCAUACCAAACCCAGUCCAGUUUCUGGUAUCCAUGCUAACCAUCUCAAUUCCACAUCAAUAAUUCUGACUUGGAACAAUGAAGAUAUAAAUGCUUCUACCUAUAUUUACAAAAUACUUAAGAAAGAAUCUGAUUUUCAUAGUGAUAUGUUUUCUAAUACUGGAAAUAUAACACUUAGUCAUUUGCAACCUGGAACGUUAUAUAGCUUUGAAAUAGCUGCACAAAUAAAUGGGACCAAUAUUACAGGAGACACACGAAAAAUAAGUCUUCAUACAAAGCCCAGUCCAGUAUAUGAUAUUAAAGCUGAACAUAUCACUAAUACAUCCCUGGAUUUAACAUGGAAAAAUAAUGAUACAAAUUCAUCAAGUUACACUUAUCGAAUACAGAUUGAUGGACCUGAUCAUUCUGAUAAUAAAACUUCUAAUACUAUCUAUGUAUCAAUUAUGUACUUGAAACCUGGAACAUUAUACAAGUUUAAAAUAUAUGCACAACUCAAUGGAUCUACUGAAGGAGAUCCUAAUGGAAUAAAUGUUUAUACAAAGCCCAGCCCAGUUUAUGAUAUUAAAGCUGAAAACAUCACUAAUACAUCCCUGGAUUUAACAUGGAAAAAUAAUGAUACAAAUGCAUCAAAUUACACCUACCGAAUACAUAUUGAUGGACCUUCUUCUUUUAACGUCCUUUCUAAAUUGACAUAUGUGCUAAUUUCUAACUUGGAACCUGGAAGAUUUUAUAAGUUUAAAAUAUUUGCACAAAUCAAUGGCAAUGAAAAUGAAGGAGACCCAAAUGAAACAACAGUUUAUACAAGACCCAGUCCAGUGUAUGAUAUUGAAUUUGUAAAUGUCACCACCACAACUCUGGAGAUAAAGUGGAAAGAUAAUGAUACAAAUGCAUCUAAUUAUACUUAUCAAAUAUACAUUAGUGGAACUAAUUAUUUUGAGAAUAAAACUUCUAACACUCCGUAUAUGCAUGUUGAUGGCUUGGAACCAGGAACAUUAUAUAAGUUUGAAAUAUAUGCAGAAAUUGAUGGCAAUAAGGGAGAUCCAAAGGAUACAAGUGUUUAUACAAAACCCAGUCCAGUUUAUGAUAUUAAAGCUGAAAAGAUCACUAAUACAUCAUUGGAUUUAACAUGGAAAAAUAAUGAUACAAAUGCAUCAAAUUACACCUACCGAAUACAUAUUGAUGGACCUUCUUCUUUUAACGACUUUUCUAAAUUGACAUAUGUGCCAAUUUCUAACUUGGAACCUGGAAGAUUUUAUAAGUUUAAAAUAUUUGCACAAAUUAAUGGCAGUGAAACUGAAGGAGACCCAAAUGAAACAACAGUUUAUACAAGACCUAGCCCAGUCUUCAACAUCAUAGUUGAAGAUGUCAGUACAACCAUGGUCAACAUAUUAUGGGAAAGUCCUGAUGCAGCUCGUUCUACAUACUCUUAUAGGAUACUCAUCAAUGGAUCAUCUGAUACAAUAUCCCCAACUACUAGCAGUGAAAUUUCAGACCUAAAUCCUGGUACUAAUUAUCAAUUCAGCAUAUAUUCCAUAGCAGCAGAUAACAAGACUGAAGGGACACCCAAGGACAGAAUUCAUUGUACAGAUCCAGCAUCAGUGGAUAGAUUUGAUUGCAAUCUGGUAGAAAAAAAGCCACAAUUAAGUCUAGACUGGAGUAUUCCAAAUGGAAGUUAUGAAGGCUUCAGAAUUGAGAUCCUAAACAAUCAGAACAAGAUUUUGGAGAGAGAAAAUCAAACCAUUGUGACAGACCUGGAUUACUUUACCACUUACACCAUUACAAUUGUCACUCUUUCAUGUAAGAAAACAAGUAUUCCUCGGGAAAAAAAAUGCCGCACAAGUAUCACAGAUCCCCCACCUUUGACCGUGUCCCCUGUUGUCAAGGCAACCAGCCACAACUCUUUCAGUGUUCAGUUCAACAGUUUUAAUUCAAGUCAUGGACCUAUAAAAGCAUAUGCAGUAAUUAUUACCACCUCAGAAGGUACAGUCUCAAAUGAGGUUUUAAAGUACACAUAUAAUGAUUUCUGGAAUAAGGAAACAAGUACUUAUGUUGCAUAUAUAAAAACUGAAGAAAAACGUUCAUCUUCUACAAAAAAUCAGGAUUAUGUUGUUGAAAUAGGAGAUGAAUCUACAACAUAUGGUUAUUUUAAUGGAAAAUUAGAUCCUCUUGGGUCAUACAGGGCAUGUGUUGCAGCUUUCACUAGAAUUACAUUUGUGAAUGAGACCAUUGUCAACGCAGAGAAGAGUUAUGUCUCAUUUUCUCAUCUUUCACCGUUGGUUGGUUUACCUCAGAAUCCAGCUGUCAUCACAGGAGGUGUUGUCGGAAGCAUUUUGGUUCUAUUAGUUAUUGUUGCAAUUGUUGGAUUCAUCUUCUGGAAAAAGAAAAGGAAAGGUAGAAAUAAUGAAGUGCCAUUUAGUCAAAUUGAACCUAAAAAAUCAAAAUUACUUAAAGUUGAAAAUUAUGAAUCUUAUUUUAAGAAACAAAAAGCUGACUCAAACUGUGGGUUUGCUGAAGAGUAUGAGGAUCUCAGGCCAGUUGGUGCUAAUCAGCCUAAAUUUGCUGCUGACUUGUCAGAUAACAAAGGAAAAAAUAGAUACAACAAUGUUUUGCCUUAUGAUAUUUCGCGUGUUAAACUUUCAAUCCAAAAUCACCCAACUGAUGAUUACAUUAAUGCAAAUUAUAUGCCUGGAUAUAACUCCAAGAAAGAAUUUAUUGCAGCACAAGGUCCUUUGCCUAACACUGUGCAAGAUUUCUGGCGCAUGAUCUGGGAGAAGAAAAUUUACACCGUUGUUAUGUUGACUAAAUGUGUUGAACAAGGCCGGACAAAAUGUGAAGAGUAUUGGCCAAACAAGCAAUCCAAGAAUUAUGGAGACUUAAUGGUGGCCAUGACUUCAGAAAUUUUCUUACCCGAGUGGACAAUAAGAGAUUUCUCCAUACAGCAAAGUGAUUCACCGGAAAGUCAUCCUGUGCGUCAGUUUCACUUCACUGCCUGGCCUGAUCAUGGGGUUCCAGAAACCACAGACCUCCUCAUCAGCUUCAGGCACUUGGUGCACGAAUUCAUGAAGCAGAAGCCACAAUCUUCUCCAACCUUAGUUCAUUGCAGCGCUGGUGUUGGGAGGACAGGAACUUUCAUUGCAAUUGACCGUUUGAUACAACAGAUGGAGAUGGAGAACACGGUUGAUGUGUACGGCACUGUAUACGACCUACGAAUGCAUCGAUCUUUAAUGGUACAAACAGAGGACCAAUAUGUCUUCCUAAACCACUGUGUUAUGGAUAUUAUUAAAUCUAAGAAAGAGAAGAAAAUGGAUCUCAUCUAUCAGAACACAGAUGCCAUGGCAAUCUAUGAGAAUUUCACACCAUCAUCACCAUACAUUGGGAGGGCAAAUGGCUACCAUGUAUAACUAGGAAGGCAUGAUCUGCUUCCCAUUUGGACCUUUUGCAGAGGACAGAAAGAAUAUGCACUGCUUUUGUAUGACUUUAUAUAUACACAAAGACUUCAGCACCUGUUUUGAAGAUGCACGUGUUAAAUUGUCAGAGGAAACUGUGGAUUCAAUAUAGUGUUAAAAGAAAAAAAAAUCUAUACUGUAUUUUGCAGAGAAUUUUUGCAUUGAGGAUUGAUAAAACAAAAUAUUAUUGGUGAAAUUAAUGUUGGCUGAAUAAUAAGAAUGAAAAAUACAGACACUUUUAAAUUAUUUUUUUAACAUGUUCAUGUUCAGACUUCCUAGGAUACUGAUUCUAUUGUUCGUGUUCCAGAAAUGUUAAUGAUAUAUUGGUCACUUUAACAUUUAAAUUCCAAAGUGACUUCUCAAAUUCAUUUUAUUUAAAAUGGGAACACAUAAACCUUUUAUAAAUAGGAUAUUUUAUUAUGUAAUUGUGCCUUUCUAUUUUGCUAAAGACAAAAUAAUCAGAGAUCUAUAUUUUUGUAUUGAAAUUCUCAGAUGAUGUCUAACAUUUGAAUAUGAUUAUUUUCCAUUUUUAAAAUCUGGAAUACCUAUGCUUAUUCUUUCCUUCUGGAAGUAGCAACCAUUCAUUUUAUGAUACUUUAUUCUGUGGAAGGUUUGUUGCAGAAUUCAUUUGCUUGAUCUUGUGAGCACAAUAACUAUCGUAUCAUAUUUUAACUUUAUAAGAAGGACAAGGUUUUCAUAUAGGGGUAAAUUAAAAUUUAUCCAAUUUUAUUUUCAUGCAUUGAAAAUAUUUCCCACUUGUCUAAAAAAAAUGGUGAAAGUACUCUUUCCAUGCCCUUUGAAGAUCCUGAUUAUUCUGUUUCUGAGCACCAUUUUCUUCUUUGACCUCAGUCUUAUGUGUCCUUAUUACCUUUUCACUUGAAUAUGUAUAAUGAUUAGAAAUUUCAUCUAUUGUCAUAAUUUGUAUGCUUAGCAAUACUUGUGAAUAGCUGAUCACAUUUGACAAUAGUAUGGACACCACAAAAGAAAAUGGUAUUGAGAAAUGGCAGUUGUUUGUGAAACAAAAGGAAGUCAAGCUUUUACUUUGUGAAAAUAUGCUAAUUUCUAAGUAAAAAAAUAAGGGAUGUCCAAGUAGCCAUUGAUACUUAUGACCUCAGGUUUAAUUGUUAGGGGUAUGCAACUAAUAAUGCAAAGAUGGAAAAGGUGUGUGAGUGGAUUGGCAACUUUAAUUUCUAAUCAAUGUAAUAAGUUUUAUCAAGUUUUUUCAAUUCAUAGUUCUUCAGGGUAAAAGUUUUAAGUAAUAUCUCCAGUAAUCAGUGCUUUAAUGGCCACAGUUGAACCAGAACUUCUUUUGCUAAGUGAUGCAGUAUUGAAUUUUGCCUGAUUUUGUGACAUUUUGGCCUCAGUUGUUAAAUGGAUUGCCAUAGCUGUUAAGCAAAUCCCGGUUCUCCUAUUGGUUUUGCUUAUUAGAAGUCCCUGGGAAGUUUUCAAAUUGCAAUUGGCUAAGCCUAUAUCCAUUAUAAAUACAUAUUAGUUGCCAAGUGCCCAAAUUUUAAUCAUGACCAUAGGGGCAUUGCAGUGGUCAUAAGUGCAAGGACAGUCACUUUUUUUCAGUGCUCUCGUCAUUUUGCAUGGUCCUUAAACUACAAAUGGUUACAAAUUUAUGCCCGGUUGCUUAGUGACUAUUCACAGUUACCAUAGACUUUCCAAAAGGAAGGCAGAAAAGAUCAAGGCCACAAAUAAAGUUGCAGGUAAACUGAUUACUAAUCACCUAUAUGCAUUGGAAGCUACUCAACUAAUGGUUAACACUCUCUUGGUGUUAGGUAGAGGGAAAGGAAAUUCAAGAGGGGCUGUAUUUAGUUCAUUUGUGGCUAUGUAGAGACCCUUUUGACUCUGCCUCCAGGUUUUUUCACUCCUUCCCCUACACACAUUGGGUAAAAUGGAUUUUCUUAACGAUCAUGGCAUUCACUUAACUGCUGCCAAAAAGUUAUAAAAUUAUGUCCAAUCAAGUGAUGACCUGCUUAAUGACUGCAACAACUUAGGGCUGUAAUUUUUGGCUCAAUUAUGGUCAUAAGUCGAGGAUUACUGUAGUACUUUUCCAUGCAGAAGCAGGAAUAUCAAAGGUGGAGCUUAUGGGACCUGAGAAUAUCGGUACGGCUUCCUGCCUUACCAUGAUCACUCAAGUGUCUCAAUCAUAGCGUGUUAUUCAGAUCUUCCAAAAGAUUUUUAACAAGCAUUUUUUUUUCUAUUUUAAAAAGUAGUCUUUCAAUAUGCCUAGCACAACUCCUCUUUUACCUACUUGUCUUAAAUUUGAGAAGCUUCCAUUGUUUAUCACGGCGGGGGGGGGGGUAGUCUACAUUCAGAUUUUACAUCUGGCUCCCAUCUCUUCACCAUUACACGGCUUACGUUCAGUAAAAAAUGGCCAAUUUUCAGCAUCCCUUGCUGAAACGAGUGGGAGUAUAAGCAGGAAGUCUCUGGGAGGAGAUAGCCAGCCUUCUCCCAUUUCAUCUGCUGACACGUUUGCAAAUGAUCUGAAAUUUGCUCUCAGGUUUCAUUUUGGAUGAUUUAGAGGAGAAUUUGAAAAGUUUCCAAUUAGAGGAAAAGUAUUGUUCGCUCCUCAGAGGCUUCUACACUUCUCAAAGAGGCCAAAUUUGAGUUGCAUCUUUCCCUUGCUGCACCUAGGCAAAAAAAAAACAAAAAAACACC